AGACCCAAGGUGAUUCAACGUCUGUUAUCGAUAAAUUUUCAGUGAAAAAGUAUGGAACUAUUCUGGUAUAAAACGUGUAAAACUCUGAAUAUUAUUGUGCCUGGACAUUAUAUCUCACUAUAUACGCUCGAAACUAAAGCGGAACUAGCCUACAACUGAAAUCAACUUGCGCGCAAAGGAUCGGAUGCAAGACAUACGUAACAUUUCACCAUAUAUGUGCGUUAUUUCACCCCAUAUUACAUUAGUUAAUCGCAGUAAUCAUGGAUAAAUCUGCCUCAAAUUGAGCUGGCCACAAUGCCACCCAAAGCCAAAUUCAAGAAAAUGGCCUUUCGCAAGGGAUUCCCACCACAGCAUACUUGUGUCUUUAAGUUUAGAUGUCGAAAUUUCACACCCUUAUGGGCGCGCUGUUUGACCCCUUCCUCUUUGUUCUCCGCCUGAUUGCGAACAUGAGUUCCCCCAUCUACGAACACUAUCGGUGCGGACCGACGCCGCGACCCCUUUCCACUGGCUCGCUGUGGAAGCCAAACAAGGUGCAUAAGGAGCCCGAGGCCAAACCCCUAGAGGUCCCCGAGGAUCUCCUGAUCCCGCCAAUGCAGUCCGACCCCCUGGAUCCGCUGGCCACCAUGAUGUCUUUCAAAUUAAUGGCCAUGGACGUGGUCAGUCAGAUGCAUACCGCCCUGCAGAAGUGCGUCAAUGCACAGAGUCCUCCGGGCGCCAAGAUGGCAGGACUCGAACUGGACGCCCUCCGCCGCUGCGUACCGUCGUCCUGCUACUUCUUCAUCGACCUGCACCCUCAUACGCAGACGAGAUUCAAGGAGUCCGCGGAGGAGCACUCCGCUAGUCAAGUGUCCAGUGACAGGAACAACAAUGCUGGAAGCUCAGGAGCCAAGGGGGAUCGCCUGCAGAGACAGCGGAGCAUCUCCGAGUGCAGCGAGGAUAGCUUUAUUUGCUUUGAGGAUGAUGCGGAGGAUGAGGAUGAUGAGAUAGACGACGACGAGGAUGAUGACGACGACAGCAGCGUUCAGUUCACAGCAUGCGGUGAAGAUGAGGAUACCGAGGAGAUCGAGUCUUGCGAGUGCGUUAACGACAGCUCAACAUCCGCCAAGAAGGUUCGUUUCAACAUGAAACCCGAAGUUCACGUAAUGCUUGCCUGGGACUAUGCCUACCGCGCCGCUAGGAAGAGCGAGUGGCAGUUGAUGGCCCGAGAUCGGGAUCGUUUUCAACAGCGUAUUAGGCGGAUCUCGCCCAUUCUGAACGCGGUCCUGAGCCCAAUUCAUCGGGAAAGUGUCUAUCAAGCUCGAUUCUUGCACGAGGACUAGAAUGUCUUCACACCUGAAGUAACUUUUGAUGUACAGAUUACAAUUAAGAAUGAUUACAGAAUUAAAUUAAGCACAAGUUGAUUGCGUGUAUACAGUGAUCAAUUUAGCCACUGAUUUCGUGAUUUAUUCUAUGAAACCAAAAACUGUUUAACCCUGUAAGGUAUAUCAAAAUCAAGCAUAUUUUUGAUCGCCUUUAGUUUUAUAACGUUAAUAAGUUUGAAUUUGUUGAUAACGGGAUUAGCAUAUAAAUCUAUAACCUUAAAUAAAUUAAGCAUUAGACGUAAA